UUUUGUCCUUCACUCACUGAGGAAUUUUCAUGGCUGAAGAAACAAAACAUAACUCAUAAAAUAUCAAUCUAAUGGCAGCGAUAUAACACAUUAAAUACAGCGAAACGUGUCUUCCUAAAGUUUACACUCAUGGCGAAUGUCAAACAGAAGCUUUUAUUCAGAAAUAAAGACGUUUCGACCGUUAACAGUUCUGACGGGACAUUCAGGAGUUUGGAAAAAGCUGGAAGACCAAACCGCCAGAAGGAAAAGGUACAUGGACUGAAAGACAGAACCCAGGACCUCAGGAAAUCUCUCAAUGAUUCACUGGAAGGGGACAUCAGAGACUUCCUUAUCAAUGAAGCUGAACUUCACACGUACGAUGACCUCACUAAAGUCAACCCGGUUACGCCUUCUACAGUGCUGAAAUGUCUGCAGGCCAGGUACAGUGCAAAGGUUUUCUACACACAUGCUGGCUGCACGCUGGUUGCCCUCAACCCCUUCCAGCCCAUUCCUCACCUGUACUCUCUGGAUGUGAUGAGGGAAUAUCACUCCGCUCCUCAACCUCAGGAGUUUAAGCCACACAUCUUCAUCGUAGCAGAAGAGGCUUAUAGGAACGUGCAGGGCCAGGUGGAGCCCAUGAACCAAUCGCUGGUCGUCUCUGGAGAAAGCGGAGCUGGGAAGACAUGGACGUCACGCUGUCUGAUGAAGUAUUAUGCCACUGUAGCCACCUCUUCUCAGAAGUGCCAGGACACUGUAGAGAAGAUAGAAAGACGAGUACUGGACUCCAACCCAGUCAUGGAGGCGUUUGGGAAUGCCUGCACUUUACGCAAUAGCAACAGCAGUCGCUUUGGAAAAUACAUUCAGCUUCAGCUCAACGGCUCUCAGCUGCUGGUUGGGGCAUCAGUGCAGACGUAUCUUUUGGAGAAGACCAGAGUGGCUUUCCAAGCACCAAAUGAGAGAAAUUUUCACAUAUUCUACCAGAUGAUGAAAGGAGCCACAGAGAAACAGAGACUGGAAUGGAUGCUGCCUUUGGAGCAAGACUUUGCUUGGUUGCCACAUGCUGAGAAAACCUUAGAAGAAGACUGUUUGCAAGAGACAGUGGAAGCCAUGAUCAACCUUGGCAUUGAUGAGGGGAAACGGACACAGAUUUUUAGGAUCCUUGCAGGUCUUCUGCAGCUGGGGAAUGUGGACUUCAGUCCUGCAUCAGAAGAGGCUCAGUCAUGUGAUCUUGAUGGACACUCAAAAGGUUUCCUGCAGAAAACCGCUUACCUGCUGCAGGUGCCGUUAGACGAGCUGCAGUCGUGUCUGACCGUGAGAACUCUGCGCGCUGGCAAACAGAGCGUCCUCAAACCUUGCACUCAGUCGGAGUGCGGCGUCCGCAGAGACUGUCUGGCUAAAGUCAUUUAUGCACAGCUGUUUGACUGGUUAGUCACUUUCAUAAACAACAGUAUGUGUGCAGACAAUCCCACGUGGUGCAACUUCAUUGGCCUGCUGGAUGUGUACGGUUUUGAAUGCUUCCUCCUGAACAAUCUGGAGCAGUUGUGCAUUAAUUAUGCUAACGAGAAGCUGCAGCAGCACUUUGUGGCUCAUUACCUGAAGGCCCAGCAGGAGGAGUAUGUGACUGAGGGGCUGCAGUGGUCCUUCAUACGGUACCAAGACAACCAGGGCUGCCUGGACCUGAUUGAAGGCAGUCCUUCCAGCAUUUUCUCCCUGCUCAAUGAGGAGUGUCGUCUGAACAGAGCAUCGGAUGCGAAGCAGUUUCGUGUGCGUCUGCAGAAGGAGCUCUCAGAUAACGCCAGCAUCAGCUGGGACAAACUCAGCAAAGAGCCCCAUUUUACUGUGGCCCACUAUGCAGACAAAGUCAGUUACCAGAUUGAGGGCAUGAUGGAGAAGAACAAGGACCCGGUUCCCCCUGAGAUCAUCAGUCUCCUGCAGAAGUCCCAGGAUUCAUUGCUGCACAGUCUCUUUGCUGACGGUGACCGUGAGAGCGAGGGGUCUAGAGGACACAGUAAAGUGGUCACUGUUGUCUCCAAAUUUAAGAACUCUCUUGAAAGCCUGAUGAAGAUUUUGCACAGCACCACGCCGCACUACACGCGCUGCAUCAAACCCAACCCCGACUGCAGACCGCUCACCUUCAAAAAGGAAGAGGUUAUCGCUCAGCUUGAGGCCUGUGGGAUAGUAGAAACCAUAAACAUCAGUGCAGCAGGAUUUCCCAUCAGGAUCCCAUAUGGCAGUUUCCUCCAAAGAUACGGGCUGAUUGCAAACGCCAGACUAACUGCACAAAUGAACCGAGCGAACAGCCCUGAGAUGAGUGAUCAGGCUGUUCUGGGAUCUGCUGUAGAGGAUGUGCUCAAUGUGGUCUUCAAGAGACGCGCCCCAAACAACAACAACAACAUGGUGCACUGUGGCAGGACCAAAGUCUUUCUCACACACUCCCUGCUGGAGAUGCUUGAGGAGCACAGGAACAGGGUGCGCUCACAGAAGGCGUUCUGUAUCCAAUGCUGCUGGCGCAGGUACCAGACCCGUCAGCGUAACCGGAGGACACAGGCUGCCACCCGCUUACAAGCAGGUGUGAGAUCCUGGCUGGUCAGAAGAGAGAUUAAGAAAUGGCACAAAGCUGCAUCAGUCAUCCAAACCAAAUGGAGGCGCUGGAGGGCGUGGAUGGAUGCGUUAGCUGAGGCAGAGCUGGAUGAUGCUGAGGAUUUCAUGGAGAAUGAAGCAUCGUCCGUGUUGCCGAAGCUGCUGAAGGAGAGAGGCUCUGUGCAGCUCUUCAGCAUCCAGGAGCCUGUGAUGGUCAGAAGUUGGCCCAUCGGUCUGGCCAUGGCCUCUGCUCCCAGCAUCACCGUCUCUCUGACAGCCACGGGUUUCCAGCGGAUCAUGUCUAUGAUGGCCUGUCUGAAGAUCCCAUUCAGACACGGAGAAUACAAAGUAAAGACCAACCAGUUUGACCAGGGUGUGGCGUCUAUCAGAGCUCAGCCACGGGGCUCCAUUAAGAUGCAUCUUCAGAGGUCUCCGCUGCUCUACGCUGACAUGCACCCAGUGCACAAGACAGACGUGGUGACCGGACUCAACCAGAUCCUGCUGGAGAGAACCUGAGAUUUCAUGCUGUUAAAAGCUUUCAUGCAAUCAGUGCACCUUUCAAAUACACUACAUUAAGUGAUAUUAAACAUUUAGCCUUAUUGCCUUAUUGUUAGCGCAAUUCAGUGUUUAGUUGUAUUUACUCUCUCAGGUUUCAGCAUAAAGCACAAGUGCCUUUUAAUUCUGCUGCGUUCAAUCAGUAUACACUGUAAAGCGUUUUAUAACUAUUACUUUAUACUAGCAUGAUCUGUCAUAAUUUAAAUAAUGUUUCUUGCACAGCUUGAAAGUGAUAAUUGUAGAUAAGAUUUAAGUUUUUAUUCAUAUCGUGCUGCUAAUAUAUAGCAAAAUCAGGUAUUUUUAAAACAUCACAUUUGAUUUCUGUUAAUAUCAGUUACAAACUGAUAACAGGCUUUAAAACAUUGUGAUGUUAUUAAUGAUACUAUUAAGUUAUUAUAAUGAUAACCGAGGGAGAUACUGGAUAAUAUAGUAUUCAUAAUAUUACAAGUUUUGUACACUUUUCUUGGCAUCUUUUUUUAACUUUAUUCAUUGCACAAACACUACUGGGGAAAGCCAUUGUUUCAGCAUUGCUGUUGAUGCUCUUACCAAAGCAAACUGAAUUAAUAUACUUUUUGCAUUUG